GCAGCAGCAGAUGCAGCAGGGAGAGGCACAGGACAACACCACUGCUUGAGUAUCGCAGCCCAACAACUUCUCCGAAGCCCGGCUGAAAGAACCUGCACUGCAAUCUAGACUAAUCCUGGUGCACACGAUGGAAGAAACCGGGGGCCCGGCACGCAACAUCUCACUUUUGGGAGGAGACCUUUCCAGACCCUGAGCUGCUGAGGGUUGCAGUAGUUGCAUGGGGGCAUCAAGUGGGACAAGAGCCCAUGCUUCCUGACCAUGGAACUGGGGAACUUCAGCAAACUGAGCUCCUGCUUCCGUGAAGUCAACGUCAGCAAGGAGCAUGGUGGGCAGAUUGCCUCGCCGUGGUUCUCCACAACCUUCGGGAUCAUCGGCCUUUGCUCCAACCUCUUUGCCCUCUGCGUGUUGGUUAACUCCUCGCAGAAGAUGCACAGCCGGUCACGCUCGUCCUUCCUGGUCUUCCUCUGUGGCCUGGUGGUGACGGAUUUCAUGGGCCUGCUGGUGACGUUCUCCAUCGUGAUCCCUUAUCACUUCAUCCGCUUUGACUGGCGGGAUGUCGACCCGGACUGCCACCUCUGCCACUUCAUGGGCUUCAUCAUGGUCUUCUUCGGGCAGUGCCCUUUACUGCUGGGGGCCACCAUGGCAGGAGAACGCUUUGUGGGCAUCAACCGGCCCUUUUCCCGUUCCACCAGCAUGACGAAACGCCGGGCCUGGACCUUGGUAGGGUUAGUGUGGGCCUUGGGACUUUUCCUUGGUCUCCUGCCAAUUUUCGGCCUAGGCGACUAUACCCUGCAGUACCCCAACUCCUGGUGUUUCCUCACUUUGAUCCAUGACGCCAGGAACAGGGCCUUCUGCCUAAUUUUUGCCCUGUUGGGCCUUUUCUCCGUGGGCCUCUCUUUUCUCCUCAACACAGUCAGCGUGGUGACCCUCUGCCGCGUCUAUCAUGACUCUGAGUCAGUUCAACGCCGGCGAGAUAGCGAGGUUGAAAUGAUGGUCCAACUUGUGGGGAUCAUGGUCAUUGCGAGCGUCUGCUGGCUGCCCUUACUGAUACUCAUUGCCCAGAAGGCCUUUCAAGCGCCCCCCGCGGGGUUGGCCGCCCACCAAAUUCCCCAGGAGACGGAGAAGUUGUUGCUCAUUUCUCUUCGCGUGGCGACUUGGAACCAGAUUCUCGACCCCUGGGUCUACAUCCUCUUCCGCCGGGCGGUGCUGAAGCGCAUCUACCCCAGCUUCAGACCCAGACCUUCCAUCAUCUCCCUGUACCCUAUGGUCAGCGCCUCACUGAGGCGGAAAUUUACCCAGGAAUCUGUGCUCCAAUAGAAAACGACGGGACGGGGGAUCUCCCGAUUGGAUGACCCCUUUUCAACAGGGUGAGGCCUAUAGGUUAUGGGAACGGGGAAGCACCUUUGCUUCGCUACGCUGCUCACUGCUUUAACCUGGCCUUGGUAACAGGGUGAAGGCACUGGGAACGUGCCCCAAGGCUCCCUCUCCAAGCCAGCUCCACCACAU